ACAGGGGCUUGGGGCGAGUGGGCGGCCGAGGGCCCCGCUGCGGCCUCCCCGCCAUGUCCUCGAGGCGCGACCCCGGCGGCCCCUUCCCCCUCCAUCUCCUGGUCUGGAACAACGACUACCGGCAGCUGGAAAAGGAGCUGCGGGACCAGAACGUGGAGGCUCGGGACCCGAGAGGUCGAACCUUGUUGCAUCUCGCUGUGUCCCUGGGACAUCUAGAGUCUGCUAGAGUCCUGCUUCGACACAAAGCAGAUGUCACCAAAGAAAACAGCCAGGGAUGGACAGUGUUGCACGAGGCCGUGAGCACCGGUGACCCGGAGAUGGUGUUCACAGUUCUCCAGCACAGGGACUACCACAACACAUCCAUGGCCCUCGAAGUGGUUCCGGAGCUGCUCCAGAAGAUCCUCGAGGCUCCUGAUUUCUACGUGCAGAUGAAAUGGGAAUUCACUAGCUGGGUGCCCUUGGUUUCCAGAAUCUGCCCGAAUGAUGUCUGCCGCAUCUGGAAAAGCGGCGCCAAGCUGCGCGUGGAUAUCACGUUAUUGGGCUUUGAGAACAGGAGCUGGGUCCGGGGGCGGAGGAGCUUCAUAUUUAAGGGAGAAGACAACUGGGCGGAGCUGAUGGAGGUCAACCACGAUGACAAAGUGGUCACCACCGAGCACUUCGACCUCUCGCAGGAGAUGGAGCGCCUCAGCCUGGACAUGAUGAAGCCCAGAGGGAGGGAGGUGGAGCGGCGGCUCACGAGCCCCGUCAUCAACACCAGCCUGGACACCAAGAACAUUGCUUUUGAGAGAACUAAAUCCGGAUUCUGGGGCUGGAGGACAGAUAAAGCAGAAGUUGUUAAUGGUUACGAAGCAAAGGUUUACACCGUAAACAAUGUCAGUGUCAUCACUAAGAUACGGACCGAACACCUGACCGAGGAAGAGAAGACGAGAUACAAAGCUGACAGGAAUCCGCUGGAAUCUCUGCUGGGGACUGUGGAGCACCAGUUUGGCGCCCAGGGGGACCUCACCACAGAAUGCACCACCGCAAACAACCCCACAGCCAUCACGCCCGAGGAGUACUUCAAUGAAGACUUUGAUCUGAAAGACAGAGACAUUGGGAGACCGAAGGAGCUGACGAUUCGAACACAGAAGUUCAAAGCUAUGCUGUGGAUGUGUGAGGAGUUCCCCCUGUCCCUCGUGGAGCAGGUGACCCCCAUCAUCGACCUCAUGGCCAGGACCAGCGCGCACUUCGCACGGCUCAGAGACUUCAUCAAGCUGGAGUUCCCACCCGGCUUCCCCGUCAAGAUAGAAAUCCCCUUGUUUCACGUCUUGAAUGCGCGGAUUACAUUUGGAAAUGUGAACGGCUGCAGUACCUCAGAAGAAGCUGCCUCCCCAGGUGUCGACGGGGCCCCAGCCAACUCAGACUCCCCCGUCUCCUCGGGCUUUGAGGUUGACCAGUCUGUGUUUGAAAUUCCCGAAUCAUACCACAUUCAAGACAACGGCAGGAACGUCCAUGUGCAAGACGAGGAUUACGAGAUCAUGCAGUUCGCCAUCCAGCAGAGCUUACUGGAGUCCAGCAGGAGCCAGGAAGUCUCAGGACCAGCUUCCAAUGGCGGGAUCAGCCGGACACAGGCCUACGAUGCCCAGUAUGAGAGGGCCAUCCAGGAGAGCCUGCUGGCCAGCUCUGGAGGCCUGUGCCCCGCCGCCCCGCGGGAGCCCAGCCGCUUCGACAGCGACUUGCAGCUGGCCAUGGAGCUCUCGGCCAGAGAGCUGGAGGAGCGGGAGCUGCGGCUGCAGGAGGAAGAGGCAGAGCUGCAGCAGGUCUUACGGCUGUCGCUCACGGAGAAGUAGACCUCCCAGCCCCGCCUGCCCAGCAGGCCUGCUGCCACCAGCACUGUGGAGGCAGCACGUCAGGGCCGAGCAGCCAGCCUUUGGGUGCCAUCUGCGGAGCGGGAGGCGGCUGCCCGUUCCCUCUGCCGAGCCCAAGGCCUAGGCCUUCAGGCCGACUAUGACUCUCCCCGGAGGGAGAACCCCGUCACCGCCAUUAACUGUAUUGGCUUGCAGGUCACCUUUUUACUACCAGCUUUAGACAGAAAAACAAAGAACCCCCAUCCUGGCAGGUUUGUAGAUGGAUUUUUAACAAGGAGCGGUAACCUAACAGCCCAGGUGCUCGUCUCUGAGAGCCUUGGAGGCGCGCGGGCUGAGACUUGAGACUGCUCUACAUCACCAAAGACACGGGCCAUCCGUGCUGCUCUUGUCUGUCCACCUGUCUCCAGGGUCCCGAGAACACUGUCCCUUGUCCCUCCUCCUCCCACCCGACCCCCGCCCAGCCAGAGUUAGAGGACGGCUGGCCGGAGACACAGAUGGCCGUGGAUGUUACCUUAGCCUUAAAAAUUACUGUCUGGAGCCACCUCACCCCACUGACCCGGGAUCUGAGGGGAGUGAGUGGAGCGCAGCCCCCUGUGGGAAAUCACAGGAGCAGCUGCGGCCGGGGGGAGGGCCCCAGACGGAAACUGUUGACAGUGAGCCCAAACCUGGAACAGAAUUGACCCAAGCCAGGUGCAGGGCUUCCCUGCAGAGGCCCGAGCAGCCCCACGCCCGCUGGCCUCUCUGGCAAGGAGGGGCUGGGCGGGGCGGUAGAAAGGGAGCUCCAGAUUGAAGGGGAACCAAGAGUCCAUAUGCUUUUACAGUUCAGAGCAACAUCUUUCUGACAAAUCUAUUUUUUAACAGAAUCUUUUUAUUAUUUUUAGACGAGAUGAAAAUGCCUCCAUGCAUCAGUAGCAAUACAAGGUUAUACGUUUUAACCAGAUUUUUCUCAGGCCUUUUUUGGAUACCUUUAGUAGUUAACUAUUUUGUCUAACCCUCCUAUAAAUAAGUAUCACACAGCACUCAGGGCCCUGUCCCUCCCUGUGGCCCACGGGUGGCACUAAAGCCCCAGUCACAGCUCCCUCCUCCCCAUCACGCAUCCAUGUGCCGUCUGUCAGUUGCUUCUGUUGACGAGAAGAGAUGGGGGCUCCUGUUCCCACGCUCAUCUGUGCUUGACAGCGCUGCCGGUAAAAACGUCCCCAGCCACAAAGGACUGUGCUUUUAAAUUCUGUACAACCGUCUGCCUUCUUUUCUUGACGGGCUGACCAAAAUCCCCUGUCUGUCCCGAGGCCAGUAUACGUGGGCACCAUCACAUUUAUUCUGAACCUGCAGCUUAGUUGUUGGUUGGCCCCUUGUCGUGUUUACCCUGGGCCCAGGCCCUUUGGGACUGGCUGCCCAUUUGGCCCUGUGGUUUCCUGACUUGGGGAAGUCAGACUUGCAGGCCUGCAUUCCAUGGCUCUGCUUCCGCUCCAUCUCGGACUUGCUUCCCGGGCAGCUGCUGAAGACGGGCCUGAGCAUUGUGUCCACCGGUCACAGUGUUGUGCAGCUGUGUAUUCACCCCAAUAAAGACUUCUUCCUCAGAGGGUGCUCAACUGUGGCCUGCGUGGGAGUUGUUUCUCCAAUCUC